CGUGCGGUGCGGGGCCGCGCCGCGCCGCGCCGAUCUGUUGCUUCCCCCGAGAUGGCUACAAAGAGGCGCGGGCCCGCAGCCGCCGCUUGUCAAUUUGCACGGCGCGUCACGUGGCCGCACCUCCCCGCCGAGGCCGGAGGCUCUCCACGUCAGCUUACGUCUCCCAAUUUCUUACUUCACGGAUCUGCUUCAAAGGGGCAGCUGCGCUAGAGAAUCAUGUUAAGCUCAGCUAAUGCGGAGAAGCCGAGGUAGCCCUAAUGAUGGAUUUUGAUGAGCGUGUUCCUUGUUCCUCUAACAUGUAUUUGCCAAGUUGUACGUACUACGUCUCGGGUCCUGAUUUCUCCAGCCUCCCUUCUUUUCUGCCCCAGACCCCGUCUUCUCGCCCUAUGACAUACUCCUACUCCUCCAACCUGCCCCAGGUCCAACCCGUGAGAGAAGUGACCUUCAGGGAAUAUGCCAUUGAUCCCUCCAGUAAAUGGCACCCCCGGAACAACCUGCCCCACUGCUACUCCGCAGAGGAGAUCAUGCACAGAGACUGCUUGCCUUCCACCACCACCGCCAGCAUGGGCGAGGUGUUCGGCAAAAGCACCGCGAACGUCUACCACCACCCCAGCGCCAACGUCUCCUCCAAUUUCUAUAGCACGGUGGGCAGGAACGGGGUCCUGCCGCAGGCUUUCGACCAGUUUUUCGAGACGGCGUACGGCACGGCGGAGAACCCGUCCUCCGCGGACUAUCCGCCGGACAAGAGCGGCGAGAAGGCGCCCACGGCCGCCGGGGCGACGGCGGCAACUUCAAGUUCGGAGGGCGGCUGCGGCGGGGCGGCGGCGGCGGGGAAGGAGAGGCGGAGGCGGCCGGAGAGCGGCAGCAGCCCCGAGUCAUCUUCCGGCAACAAUGAGGAGAAAUCCGGCAGCUCCAGUGGACAACGGACCCGUAAAAAGAGAUGCCCCUACACCAAAUAUCAGAUUAGAGAGCUAGAAAGGGAAUUCUUCUUCAGUGUCUACAUAAACAAAGAGAAACGCCUCCAGCUCUCCCGAAUGCUCAAUCUGACCGACCGCCAAGUAAAAAUAUGGUUUCAGAACAGAAGAAUGAAAGAAAAAAAAAUUAACAGGGACCGAUUACAAUAUUACUCAGCUAAUCCACUACUCUAAAACUCGUAGCGUUUUUCAAGACGAGAUUAAAUUCAGAUUUUGCCCUUGACAAGGUCAAGCCACGAGGUUACGUGGAGGAAGGAGGUGUGUAUCUGACGGGACUCGAAGAACCCGAGGUUUUCCAUACAUGUAAAUCUGCUCUGGACCUUCCAUGACGGUUUAUUGUUUUGUCUCUAUAUUUACGUUCCAACUGGAAUCGGUUUGAUUUUGCCACACGUGGCGUCCAUCCAUUUCCACCGCGCGCGUCACCUCCGAGCGCCCGGCCCACGCCUCUCACCUUCCCGCACCGCGUUGGGCAGAUCCGGGAGGGGACAGGGCUGUCCCCGUGUCCCGCUGCCCCCUCGGAGCGUGGCGUGGGCACCGGCACCGCGAGCGGCCGCAGCCAGGACGCAAACUUUGGGAAAUGAUCUCUCGUCCUUCCCGGAAGGAAAAUGUCUGUGGUUGAGGCAGUGCGCCAUUGCCCAUGGGUUUGAGA